ACCUGUGUUGUCCCCUUCCCUUCUUCUCUUGUGUCGUCGCUGCUCCGGUCUCUCUACUUCCAGCCGCAGCCGCAGCCACCGUCAAACCGCUCGAGUCCGAUUUGGAAACUUUUGCUUAUCAAGAAGCUUCAGAAUUGAAAUAUGUCCGGUGGCCCUGGUCUUGAGUCACUUGUUGACCAAACAAUUUCAGUUAUCACAAAUGAUGGACGCAAUAUUGUGGGAGUCUUGAAAGGCUUUGACCAGGCUACUAAUAUCAUUCUUGAUGAGUCUCAUGAACGGGUUUUCUCUACAAAGGAGGGUGUUCAGCAACUCGUGCUGGGAUUGUAUAUAAUCAGGGGCGACAACAUAAGCAUAGUUGGGGAACUAGAUGCAGAUCUUGAUUCGAGCCUUGAUUGGUCGAAGAUGAGAGCGUAUCCUUUGAAGCCUGUCAUCCAUUGACUGAUCGUGAAAGCCAUAGAGAUGUUGUAGACUCGAUGGGUAGAUUAUGGCCAUCCAAACAAAUGAGUUACUUAUAGGUGUAUAAUGAUGGACAUUUGGGUUUGUAAUACUCAGUCGGGUUUCUAAUCUGUUGGACUGUCAUUCUACUUAUGCGCUAGACAAUGAACAGGUUAUAAUCCUUUUCUUGAAUGCUGAUGUGACAGAGUAGAACUUACCAGCAAGAAUAUGAGUGUUAUUCAACUACCCCCUUUUGAAUUC